GGCACUGCUUGGAAGUGUUAAAACCAUGGCCUGUGAAGUCUUUGCUGUGGAUCCAAAGAGACUGAUGACAUGGUGCUAAGUCUGUCAAUUUCCAGCUGAGCUCUGGAAUGGCCUAUCAAGAAGUAGAAAUCCAACUAGACAAUGAUUCAAUGAUAGAAGGAAUAAGUGACCAGGUACUGCUGGCGGUUGUGCUCGGCUUCACAUUCCUUGUUGUACUGGCAUAUGUGCUUUUAAGAAAUGACCACCCAGCUAUUCACCCAGAAAACCAAGAGCUAGUAAGAGCAGUUAGACAGCAGCUACAAUCAGAACAGCAGAAUGCAGCUGGAGACAGGCAGCGUUUCUAUACUGAUAUGUCCUGCCCUGUCUGUUUGCAGCAGGCUACAUUUCCUAUCGAGACUAACUGUGGACACCUGUUCUGCGGUUCCUGUAUUAUUGCAUACUGGCGGUGUGGCUCGUGGCUGGGUGCGAUACAUUGCCCCAUUUGCAGGCAGACGGUAACUUUAUUUUUACCACUCUUCGAUGAGAGCCAACAGGAUGCUAUACAGAUACUUCAGGAUGUCAGUGAUUACAACAGGAGGUUCUCAGGACAGCCAAGAACGAUUAUGGAAAGGAUUAUGGAUUUGCCCACAUUAUUGCGUCAUGCAUUCAGAGAAAUGUUCUCUCUCGGAGGUCUCUUCUGGAUGUUCCGUAUCAGAAUAUUCCUCUGUCUGUUGGGAGCUUUGUUGUAUCUAGCAUCACCCUUGGAUUUUCUGCCUGAAGCUCUGUUUGGAAUUCUUGGAUUUUUAGAUGAUUUCUUUGUGGUCUUUCUGCUACUUAUAUAUAUCUCCAUCAUGUACCGAGAGGUUGUAACACAGAGGCUGAACAGAUGAAAGCAGCGUGUCAAGACUAGCAUUCGGGAGGAUUAAGCAGAAUGCUUAACUUGAAUGAACCACUGCUGAGUGAAGCAUCUGGUAAAACACCUUAACACACUUUCAGUUUCUGCUAUUAAGGAGCUUCUAGCCAAACAUGCAAGCAUGAUGAAUUGAAAUCACUGUGAUAGCAAACUGGAAUUUUUGUAAGUGUUCUAUAAAAGAGAUUUAUUCAAGAUUACAUAUGUUUACAAUGGAUUAGUAAUUGUACGGUGUCCAAGGUGUCACCAAUUCUAAAAGGGAAUUUCUUUGGAGAUACUGAGGCAGGAAACAGAAGUGUUGAAUUAGUAUACAAUUUUGUGUUCAGUUUACAUUUUCAAAGACUGGAAUGACUUGCUGUGAAUCUGGAGAGAAAAGGAAUAAUGGGGAGGGGCAGAUUAUGGAUACCAAGAAAGCUUGGAGGAAGCUAAGCCCAAGGGGGGACCCCUGGUAGAGCUGGGCUGUAGUGCCAGUGAGUGUAUGCUCACCCAACCCAUUGUCACCAUGCUGUGGCCUGGGUCCAAGCCACACAGCCUCUGCCACUUUGCCCACACCACAUAGCGUAGUUGGCUCAGCUUGCUGCCGGCCGCUAGUGGCUUGCCAGGCAGUAGUUCACUUGGUACUUUCGUGGAAAGGUAAAGGGCCAGUAAAGGGUUGGGUUUAAAAAGCAAAAAGCAAACAGUUUAGCAUCUCUGCGUAUGCCAGAAAUGCUCAAGCAGUACUGUAGUCAGAAUAAGCUUGACCUUGAGCAUCAUAUUGCACAAAGACUAUAAAGACAGUAUUGCUGCAACUAUAAACAGUGAACAAACAUAUAUGUCGUUCCUUGUGACCUUUGUGCACUUUUCAUUAAGAAGAGAUUCCUUGAACACUCCUUGUUGGAGGAUGCUGGGGCUGUUUGUUUUUAAAAAGGCAUUGACUGUUUCAACCUGAUGUUGUGGAUAAAAGAGAAUAUUGCUUCAAUUUUGAGCUAGGCUCACUUGGAUGUACAAGUAUGUUGUAAUGUGAGACAGAUAUUUCAGAGCUGAAAUUUUAACUGGGAUCCCCAGAUGUAAGUGAAAUACUAAAUGAAAUAAUUUGACAUAUACCCAGCUGUGGCUGAUACAGCAGUUAGCUAAAAUUUAACACUGAAUUUUCUAUUAAAGCUACUUGAACAUUGA